AAACGCUAAUACGAGUAGUAAAUAAAAGUAAAAAACCAAAUAAUAUAAAGGCAAACGCUAAGCUGAAAUACCGAAUUCGAAAAUCCAAGUGCCGGCGCGAACACAUUGCAGUGAAUCGCUUCAAACUCAUAAAAGAAAAUGUCGCUGCUGCUUGCCAAAAUAGUUGCCUGCGCAUGUGCGCUGACCAUCAGUUGUGCCACAUUGAGUGCCGCCCUGCACGUGCCCUACGACAAUCAUCUGGAAGUUCAAGGCAUACAAACGGCGAUCUACAAUGCUGGUCCGCUAGGCAGCCAUGCUGGUCUCUUGAGUGCGGCCAAGGCCGUUAGUGAAUUGCACUUGCCGAAGCUGAGUGCGGAUGUAGAGACGCAUGACUUUAGUAGUAGUGCUGAUGAUGGUGAUGAGCACGUGGAGUCGCUGGGCACAGCUGGCGAUCACUUGGAUGUGAAACAUUUCCCCGCCGACUAUGCAGAUGAUCACGGCGCCACGGCUGAGGACUAUGAGGAAGCGGAGGGUGCGGCUACGCAGCAGCAUCAAGAGAUCGCACACACCGCUGAUUUUGGUGUUGGCCAUGAAUAUUUGGAGAAUUUCGAUUUCCAUGGGGAUUAUCAUGAUGACUAUCACCAGCAGCCUGUCGUGGGUAUUGAUCAUGGCAAGGGCGCUUUUAGCUACAGCACUUUGUACGAGCACAAGCAUGACGAACAGAAGGGAUUGUAUUGAGCGGGCGGUAGUGGGAAGUGUGAAAAGUAUGAUGCGGUUGCUUGUAAAAAAAAAAGAAUUCUUUAAAAAAGUGGUUUUUUAUAUAUGUAUCUAAGUGAGUUUGGAAGCGAAAAAAGUGAUCUGUGUGGCUGAUUCGGUGCAGU